GUUUUAGACUUUGUUAGUCUUGACCGUGCCGUCACCCAGAGUACUACAAAAAUUAGUUGCGCUGAUUUAUUUAUGUGUGACGUCAAAUCAUUCAUUCCAUUUAUUUUUAUGUGAAAAUAUACGCGAUCAAGAAGUACAACAAUAACAAAUUCUUUUAAUAAUUCUGCUAAUUUUGCUUUUUUAAUCGAAAUUUCUUUGUGUUGUAGUUUGUUAUUUAUACUGCAAGAAAUACUCCAGCCAAUAUGUUUUCAAAACUGACAUCAAGAUUAGCAGCACCCCGCCUGAGCCUCUGCUCCCAGAAUUCUAAGGCGGCAGCGGCGACAGUUCCACACAAUAUCAGACAAUUGAAUUCGCAACAAGUAUUCGAACGCGAAGACAAAUACGGCGCUCACAAUUAUCAUCCACUGCCAGUGGCACUCACCAAGGCCAAGGGUGUCUUUGUAUGGGACGUGGAGGGUAAACGUUAUUUUGAUUAUUUAAGCGCUUAUUCGGCUGUCAAUCAAGGCCAUGGUCAUCCAAAAAUUGUCAAAGCACUGCAGGAACAAGCGCCGGUACUGGCCUUAACCUCGCGCGCCUUUUACUCGGAUGUCUUGGGAGAAUAUGAGGAAUAUGUGACCAAAUUGUUUAAAUACGACAAAGUACUGCCCAUGAAUACCGGUGUGGAGGGUGGUGAGACCGCUUGCAAAUUGGCCAGGAAAUGGGCAUACACAAAGAAGAACAUUCCCAAUAAUAAAGCUAAGAUUGUUUUUGCUGAAAACAAUUUCUGGGGCAGAACUCUGUCAGCAGUUUCAGCUUCCACCGAUCCCAGCAGUUACGAAGGAUUUGGUCCUUUUAUGCCAGGCUUUGAAAUCAUAAAAUACAAUGACACCAAUGCCCUAGAGAAAGCUCUACAAGAUCCCCAUGUCUGUGCCUUUAUGGUAGAGCCUAUACAAGGUGAAGCUGGUGUGGUGGUUCCCGACCAUGGUUAUCUUAAGAAGGUUCGCGAAAUCUGUACCAAACACAAUGUCCUCUGGAUAGCCGAUGAAGUUCAGACUGGUUUGGCGCGCACCGGACGCAUGCUUGCCGUGGAUCAUGAAGAUGUCAAGCCAGAUAUUUUGAUUUUGGGCAAAGCUUUGUCGGGAGGCAUGUAUCCCGUUUCGGCAGUUUUGGCCAAUGACGAUGUUAUGCUAACCAUUAAACCCGGUGAGCAUGGCUCAACAUAUGGCGGCAAUCCUUUGGGUUGCAAAGUGGCCAUAGCUGCUUUGGAAGUUCUGCAAGAGGAGAAGUUAGCAGAAAAUGCCGAGAAAAUGGGUCAAUUGUUAAGAAGUGAAUUGUCCAAGCUGCCCAAGGAUGUAGUGUCGGUGGUAAGAGGCAAGGGAUUGCUCAAUGCCAUAGUCAUCAAUUCAAAAUUUGAUGCCUGGGAUGUUUGCUUGAAGCUAAAGGAUAAUGGCUUAUUGGCCAAGCCCACCCAUGGUGACAUUAUACGUUUUGCCCCUCCCCUGGUGAUCAAUGAAGCUCAAAUGCUAGAAAGUGUGGACAUUAUUAAGAAGUCCAUACUGUCCAUGUAAGAGUCAUCAUGGUACAAUUUCGUACACUCGCCCCUUCCCCACCCAGCCCAAAUGCGAAAGAGACAAGUCUGAGUAUCAACCAAAAAAAUCCUUUAAAUGUAGAUUUCACAUGGUGAAUAUUUUUUUUAAUAUUAAAUGAAAUAAAAAGUAAUUUCCCUUUGAGUGGAAAAAAAACCGAAAGAAUUACCCUUAAAAAACUGUAA